CACAAUUGGCAGACCACAGCAACCAAGUGGUUAGCUUCAGGUUUUAUGUAUUUGAUAAAAUAAAAUAAAAAAAAAGCUCUAAAAAAGAAGUCAAGUGAGGGGAGAUUUUAGGAUGGCUACGGAGACACAAGCGACGUUGUCGAUGGAGUCUUUACCUCUCGGUUUCAGAUUCAGACCAACCGAUGAAGAACUCAUCAAUCAUUACCUAAGAUUGAAAAUCAACGGCCGUGAUUUGGAGGUCAGAGUAAUCCCUGAGAUCGAUGUUUGCAAGUGGGAGCCAUGGGACUUGCCUGGGCUUUCGGUGAUAAAGACGGAUGAUCAAGAGUGGUUCUUCUUCUGCCCUCGUGACCGGAAGUAUCCGAGUGGCCACCGUUCAAACAGAGCUACUGACAUUGGAUACUGGAAAGCUACUGGGAAAGAUCGAACUAUCAAGUCCAAGAAGAUGAUUAUCGGUAUGAAGAAGACUCUCGUCUUCUACCGUGGUCGAGCUCCUAGAGGGGAAAGAACCAACUGGAUUAUGCACGAGUAUCGUGCCACUGACAAGGACCUUGACGGCACUGGACCUGGUCAGAGUCCGUAUGUAUUGUGUCGCUUGUUCCACAAGCCUAGUGAUGUUGCAAACUGUGACGAAGUAGAGAAUGUCAAUGCCACUCCCACCACAACUAGAUGCUCUCGUGAGGACAACUCUUCUGAGAUGGUCCAGGAAACAGCUACUUCUCGUGUACAUGCUCAAAACAUAUCAGAUGACACCGAGAGGUGUCCGAGCGACAAGGGUAGUGAUGUGAAGCCUGAUGCUCCGGUGAUUAAAACUGAGAAUCAUGGUGAAACUUCUCGAGCCAAAGACCGAGGCAAAAGCAUAGUGGAGGAAAGUCCAUUUGCACGGGACUUUUCAAGUCUUUAUGGACCCAGCUUUGACCAAACAUCAUAUACUCCGGUGCCUUCAAGCAUCGGUUUUCCUGCGUCACAUAUGGAUUCAAUGUAUUCUAGCGAUUUUGGAAACUGUCAUUAUGGGCUGCAUUUUCAGGACGGUGCCGCCAUACAAGAUGAGUCCCUAGCAGAUGUCUUGGAUGAAGUGUUUCAUAACCAUAACCAAUCAUCUACCGAACCAAAAGACUUUGCACUUCCCAAAAUGAUGCAUUGGUCGUUUCCCAGAGACACCUUUGGUUUUGUCAACGGGAGUGCUGAAGCUUCUUUCCCACAGUUUGCUCCUGACGUUGGAGCUUCCAGAUUAGCCAGCGAUCACUACGUUGAUAGCAAGGAGGCUGUAGAGAUACAGUCUUCAUCCGGUUCCUCUAGGACCGUGACGCCACUUCACAGCAACGUUUUAGGACAGCAUCCUCCAGUUUCUUAUGCAACCAUGGAUCCGUUUAACUCUAAUGUCAACCAGCCUGAGCAGGAGCAACUCCCUGUUGACCGAAACAUUAUUCUCAGUGAGUUUAACGCUAGGGCUCGAGAGACUCAGACGGAUCUUGACUUUGUUGUGAACCAAGGCACUGCUCCUAGAAGAAUCCGGCUGCAAAUCGAGCAGCCAUUCACGCCAGUUAACAACGAGAAGGAGAGAGAUGUUGAUAACCAUGAGGAAGAGGAAGUACAGUCUGCCAUGACCAUGAUCGUAGAGGAGGAUGAAAAAUGCUUCCUUGACAAGGACAAGAGUAGAGCACAAGGGCAUGCGAGUUUGUCGGAGGCAACUAAUUUAAAUACUCAGGGAACUGCUCAUAGGAGAAUCCGCUUGCAGACAAGAAUACGGAAGCUUCCCAUAAUACCAAAAAACACAGGAAGGGACUCAAACCACAGUGAAGAAGUAGCAAUGCAUAGCAAGGAAAAGGAAGAUGUAUCGGCUUCAUCAUCAUCAUCAUGGCAGCAACAUAAACUAAUGAGGAAGAGGAUGGUGAAGUGUAGCAGUAUGGUGGUAAUAAUGGCGGUGAUGGUACUUUUAGUAGGAAUAUGGAAAGAGUCAAGAUAUGCCAAAUGUAGCUUCUUGUUUCAUCAAUUGGAUUCCUUCAAAGGCAUGUUUACUUGAUGAUAUAUAUAUAGCGCCAUUCUCCACGUUCUUGUAUAAUUAAUCACUUGUCUGUUCCUUUUUAUUUUUGUUUUUGUAGUGUCGAGUGAUAAAGCCAAAUUCUCUAGAAUCUUUAACAAGGUAGUUCCUCCUUUUUUUGCAGUUUAAACAAUUUGCACUUGUAUCCCCGACAGUUAACCAAUGUCGUUUUAUUAAAUGUUAAUUUUGCAUACCA